ACACACACACACACACAGCUGCUGCUGUGGAAACACACCCGAGGGUAGGAGCAGUGGUGCGGGUCACUUCCUGCCAGCACGGCGGACGCCUCCUCCUCCAGCUGCUCGUCCUCCAGCAGGACAUCAACCAGAGAAACCUCCUCGUCCUGUGACAUCCUCAGUCGGCGACGUUACCUAGACGACCUGCGAACCACAAGCUCCAAUGAUGAAGGGACAGGGACUUUAGAUGGGCCAGAGCGGAGAUCCAUCCAGGGGGCGACACUUUCAAAACUCCAAACAGGACCUUCUGAAUGAUAAAAUGAUGGGCCGCACUCCGAAUCUCUGACUGUCUGGGAAACCCGUUCAGUAGCUCAUGUCACAGGUAAACCGGGGCCGGAGACGUAAAGACGCUCCACCCACGUUCGCAUGUAAACAAACCUGUUCUCUGCAUUUGUCGAGGUCUAAACAACACCAGACGGUACUGUUCUCUCGCCGGGCUUCUCUCUUUAGCUCACCUUCCUCAUUGAAUUUAACGACUCACCAGCGCACGGAUCAAAGCUGCGACCGCUGAACAAGGAGGGAUUCGUCCGUUACCGAAUAAAAACCCUCCCGCUCGCUGAACAAAGGCCGGCCGCUGAUGGAACUCGAGUUAGCUUGUGCUAGCAGGUGACUUGGUGCACAUGCCUUACGAGCCGAAGCUAACCGCUACCGAACUUCAGAUCCGUCCGGACCGAACCUACACAAAUGGUCAUUGGUGGAUGUCGUGCCUCAGAUCGGUCGAACUUCCGGUUAACUUCCGGGCUGAUGCACGAAAGUCGUAGCGACAUUUAGGAUAUGCUGCAGUCUUCCAUCCACGCGGUGGCGCCAAACAGUCCCGCUGCGUCAACAUGGCGGGCACGAAGCUGUGGUCGGAGUUGCGCCUCUCUGGAGAAGAAACUCAAACGAAGUGCGUUCUUAUCAGCAACAGAAAGGUGGACACACUGAUAAACGGGCUACGGCAGAUGAGCCACAUGACGUCAGAGCUUCUCAGCGACCUCGUGGAGCGGGAAAAAAGCAGCGCGCCAGGUGACGACGACGACGAGGAGGAGGAGGAGGAGGAGGAGGAGGAUGAAGAAGAUGACGAAGAGGAAGACCCACUAAAGUCUGUCAAAGAACCUCCUGCGAAGAAAACGAAAAACACGUGAACUUGAAAUAAAUUGUUUUUGAU